AGAUAAAAUGGAUAUCCAGUGGUUUGCAACGGGAGUUGGUGCAGCCGUUGUUUUGUAUAUUUUUUAUCAUUUCAUCAGAAUUAUUUUAAACAUACUGGUUCCAUAUGCCUUCUGUCAACCAAUUGAUUUGAAAAAGAAAGCUGGAGCUUCAUGGGCUGUGGUCACUGGAGCUACUGAUGGAAUUGGAAAAUCUUAUUCGUUUGAAUUGGCUAGACGUGGAUUCAACGUCUACAUUGUUUCUCGUACCCAAUCAAAACUUGAACAAACGAAGAAAGACAUUUUGGAGAAACAACCAGAUAUUGAAGUUCGAUUUGCAACUUAUGACUUUACAAAUCCUUCUGUCACUGAUUAUGAAAAGCUUUUGAGCAAAUUGAAUGAAGUGUCAGUCGGAAUUUUGAUCAACAAUGUUGGAAUGUUUUUUGACUAUCCAGAGAUGUUGCAUAAAAUAAACGGAGGAAUUGAUUCAAUUGCAAAUGUUAUAAUUAUCAAUACAUUGCCAGCAACCUUGCUUUCUGCUGGAAUUCUCCCACAAAUGGUGUCUCGAAAAGCCGGAAUUAUUGUCAAUAUUGGAUCAUUUGCAGGAGUAGUUAAACUGGCUGAAUGGUCGAUCUAUUCUGCAACUAAGAAAUACGUUGAGUGGCUCACAGGAUGUCUUCGAAAGGAAUACAGCCAUCACGGAAUUAUUUUCCAAGCUAUCACCCCAGCAAUGGUUGCAACAAAAAUGGCUGGAAAUCCGAAUACCUCAUUCUUCUGCCCAGACAGUGAUACAUUUGCCAGAUCAGCUCUAAACACAAUUGGACAUGCAUCUGAAACAACUGGAUAUAUCGCUCAUCAAAUUCAAUGUGAAAUUUUGAAAUUGCUUCCAGAUUUUGUAAUCGACAGAUCCAUUAAGAAAGGAAACGCUGAGUUCAGGGAGAAGGCUCUUGCAAAGAGCGAAAAUAAGCCUUUGGCGUAGACAAUUAGUUGAAACCUUAUCGAAUGUCUUUUAUUAUUAUAAAAAUUGUUUUUGUUUCGAAUUACUCAUAGUCAUCUAGAUACAUAGAACUGUUCUUGAGAGCAACGGUUUUUUCUAAAUUUGGCUUGACAACUGUUUAAAAUUCUGAUAAAACACAACAUCCCGGCGAGGUA